AUGCCAACAUCACAUUUCAUAAAAUCGUUUGGUUUUGGGCGAUCAGCUCUCGGCAGUUUUUCGAGGCACCUAAAAAAUAAGGCUUCCAGCAAUUCGCCGAGCGUAUUCGCGUUAUCGGCUAACUCUUUCAAGCGAUCGUAUGCCGUACAAAUUAAUGAAUUUAGACAUCUCGGACAGAUAAUAAAUCGUGAAAAAUCAACAUUAACAGGGUAAGCGCCUAAAUAUUAUGUAUUUUGUAUAAAUUGUUUAUGUAUCAAUUUGUGGUAAUAUGGCACUGGUGGGUGGCCUGUGUUGUAACUAUGGUCAUUGGUCAAUUAGCCUGAAAACAGAAUUGGUCAAUGGCUUUUCCCUGGAUGCAAUUUUCGCUUGGUGCUACAUACAUUAAUACUAACCAAUUUAAUUUUAGCCAAGAAAUUUGUCAUGGAAACGACGAAUACGAUCGCUACUAAUUCUCGACGAAGGGCCUUCGCUCGAAACAUCAAAGACAAAGUUCUCCUUGUAUUUUUCACGUAGUUUUCUCCCUAUCAAAUACGAAGCUUUUUAUAUAAACUGGCACUACCACACUGGCACACACUGUUCGGAAAAGCUGUCGUAUACUCGCAUUCAAGCUAUUCUAUAUGAAGGCAAUGAAGCUAUCAAUAACAUUUUUUUCGCAUACAACAUUCCCUAACAAAAUAAUUAUGUUUUUAGAAAUUUUCACAGGCUCUUUGACACUUUUGACAAUGUCACAAUGAAUCAGCAUUUCCAUUUGAGACUGUUUCGCAUUGAUAUAAACGACAUAACUGGUUAUUGACGGGCAAGGGCAAAGUGCCAAAGACGAAAGCGUGCGUUCUCCCGGCUGAGAAAUUUUCAUCCAGCAUUAUUGAAAACGGUUUAACUGAACGAUAUAAUAUAUGACUUCUUGGCGUUCAUACUAUACGUUCACACGACAGAAGUAGUCCCAGCGUAGGUAAAAUGACAGGAGACAUGUUGUCAGACAAGCUGACGCAGCAUUAUUUUAUUCAUAUCUCAUACAGCCUGUGUCCUAUAAGACGAAUAGUUGUACUGAUCAAUAAUGAAGUAAUAGUGUAUAAAUAUAAUGUACGAUGUAUAUAAUUGAGAUAUACUACAUACUAACAUACAUAGCGAAUCACAUGUUGGUAGCGUGCCUCUUGUCAUUUACGUAAUAAGUUCAAAGUCUGUGUUUACCUUUGACGUACACAGGUUGUGACGUACAGUGAUAUAAUGAGUGAUUUGAAAGUCAAUGAGCUUUACGUCAGUUCCGUUUGUAACUAUUCCGUUUGCUGAUAAAUGACUAACCUGCGUGGUAGACGAUCAGCCCGCUGCGGAAGACCUAAAAGGCGGGCGAGGCGAAGCCGGGCCGGUUAAAUUUUAACCCAGGGUUAGCGAUAAUAAAGCUUUAAACUAUUGGCCCCAAAUAUACAGUGUAUGUCGUCUGUACGGUAGAAAUUACGUCAUACCCACAGAGGCCUAGCCUCUACCCUACAGUCUACAGACAUCAUGCACGACCAUGACUGACCUAUCUGUAGGCCAACAGCCAAUCAAAACAGAGAGCCCCCACCCAAACACAAGUUUUUAAAGACAGACAAUUUACUUCCGAUCAAUUUCUAUCAGUUGGAACGCAACUGGCUAAAGUUAAACUGGCUGGUCAAAACAAGAUGAAAGUUGCCAACUCUCUUGCUCCGGUUAUAUAAGUAUGAAUUCUUUCCCUUGACACUUCUGUGUUAUUAAUUAAAGGAGAAAAUAUUUUGGGUUAGAAUUUCCAGAAACAACCGGCGAUUGUCUCAUUGUUGGCGCAUCUGCGUAACUUCGACUAAGUUUGGCAGCUUGCCGGCACAAUACAAAACUUUAAAAUCAGUAGUAUUGAUAUAAAUCAGUAAAUCAAAAUCAGUUGUGACGUUUUCUCCUGGUUUUUAAGCUUUAAAGGAAAUAGAUUGAUUUUUGCUUUAAAAUAGUACUGGCAGGAAAAAUAAUCAGUACACAACCUUGGCAUAUGUUGAUAAUUGCUUUGGCGUACCUCCGGCCGUCCGGCGUGUCAAUAACAUGGAAUCCACCCUGGAUUGGAGACCCUGAAUUCCAGCCAACAAUCUCCCAAUUCUUGAGAAAAAAUAUGUUUACUUAUAUUUCAUUACUCACAGACCAUCGAGUAUCGAUGAUGGAGGCCCAGAACCCAUGUACGACAAGGUCAACUCUGGCUAUCAAGUUUUCCAUUCGAAAAAGAGGUUUCAGUUCUUCAGAGGUGGUGAGAUUCCUGAGCUAGUAUUGGCUUACGAAACAUGGGGCGAACUGAACGAGAAGAAAGAUAAUGUGAUAUUGUUAUUUACCGGACUGUCACCUUCCUCGCAUGCCAGGAGUCAUCAGGUAUGCAUG